UGAACAAACAUGCAACUAAUUGUGAGUGUACAUGUGCAAACAGAGUUUUGUACUUUGGAGUGAUGGUCCAGUGUGUGUCUGUCGAGACAUCACAGCAGUUUGGAAUGGAGCUAAUCUCUUUGUCUUUGCUGUCUUUGUUGCUUCUGGGCUUUCAGCUGGGCUCUGGAGCCCCAGCUUCAGGCUCAGGGCCAGUGUUUCUUUCAGGUCAGGCAGCUGACAGCGUUCUGCGGAGGCAGAAACGGUACAACACAGGGGUGUUUGAGGAGCUGCUGGAGGGCAAUUUGGAGAGAGAGUGUACUGAGGAAGUUUGUGACUUGGAAGAGGCCAGAGAGAUCUUUGAGAAUGAUGAAAAGACAAUGGAGUUCUGGGCAGGAUAUAUUGAUGGAAAUCAGUGCGCGUCAAGUCCAUGUCUGAACCAGGGCACAUGUGAGGACCAUCUGGGCUACUACACCUGCUUAUGUCCACAGGGCUUCACUGGCAUGAGGUGUGAGAUUGCUGUAGUAAAAAGAUGUGAUGUGAACAAUGGAGACUGUAUGCACUUUUGUGAGUCCAUGAGCACCUUUGGAGCGAGAUGUUCCUGUGCAACGGGAUACAGGCUGCUGGAGGACGGGGUCACCUGUGAAGCAGAGACUAAGUUCCCGUGUGGCAGAACUGCUCUGACAGAAGUAAGUGCAGUACUCACAAGGUCUCUUUUUUGGAGAGAGAAUGUGAGCCUGCAGAACACCACCUCACAGGCCUAUGUUACCACCACUACAUCCCCUCCCUCAACUCCAGCCAGUACCACAGCAAUUUCCACAGCUUUUCCAACCACGACCGAUCCUGUAGCAGGAGCCACCACUGAGGAGCCGCCACGUCCCUUUAAACGCAUUGUAGGAGGCAAGGAGGUCGCUCCAGGAGAGAUCCCAUGGCAGGUGGCCUUGAUACUACGCUCCACAGGUGCGUUAUUCUGUGGGGGAUCCAUUCUCAGAGAGAGGUGGGUUAUCACUGCAGCUCACUGCCUGGCGGAGGCACAAGGCAAAUUCUUCAUCAGAGUGGGGGAGCAUAACAUCUACAUCAAUGAGGGCACAGAGCAUGAUUAUGAUGUGUUGGAGCAGCACAUGCACCCGCUCUACAACGCCAGUGUAAGCUUGUACAACCACGACAUUGCCCUGCUCUACCUCAAAACCCCCAUCACCUUCUCCACGACAGUGCGACCCAUCUGCAUAGGGCCCAAGGCUUUCACCGAGGAACUGGUGAAGCACUCCUCGCCGGCUACGGUCAGUGGCUGGGGCCGGACGCGCUUCCUUGGAUCCAUGGCCAGCACGCUCCAGAAGGUGGAGGUUCCCUUCACAGAUCGGACAGAGUGUAAGCACAGCAGCAGCGCCAGGAUCACUCCUGUCAUGUUUUGCGCCGGAUACUAUAACGAGGCCAAAGAUGCCUGUCAGGGGGACAGUGGAGGUCCACAUACAAACAGCAUUCAUGACACGUGGUUCCUGACAGGUAUUGUGAGCUGGGGGGAGGAAUGUGCAAAGGAUGGGAAAUUUGGUGUGUACACCCGGGUGUCUCUUUACUACCGCUGGAUAACCCAUGUUAUGGGAAUAACCAAACGCAGGCUGGCAAGUUAUAUAGAAGAUCCUGACCCUUAAAUUUAAAGAUUGUAGAUUCAAAAAUACAACUGGUUUACAGAUGUGUUGCAUGUCAAAUAAAAUGAAUGAAUUAUGUAUGAAAGUAUGAAACAUUCACACAACUUGGAAGGUCGUAUGUGUGCGUAUCUGACAGUGACCUUUUAAAGACACUCAGCUCUGACUAGGCUGAGCAGUGCAGCUUCUGGAUGCCAUUGCACUGAGAAGUGUGCGUGGUUAAAAAAUGCAGUUUAAUAUGUUAAUAUGGGAUGUGUUAACAUAAUGUGUAAUCGCAAUUGGCUGAAUGACUAAUAAAUUCCUCCAUACCAAUUAA